UGCACGUGAGAAGAAAAGGUCUGAAGUCGGGUGACUGGAUUGUAGCAGUUUGUUAGGGAGACUUGUUGGAGAGCCAGCGUCCUUUUAGAAGUCUGCAACAAACGAAAAUAGUGGAGCGCUUGGAAUUUCUUGUUAACUGUUGUUGGUUUUAUGAAAUGUCAUCGCUUAGUCCUGGACUUACUUCUUUAAAAACUUCACAGGGAUAAUUUUUGUUAAGUUAUUAGACAUUUUCUGUGUGUAGAAGUUUGAGACGGCAGCUACAUCUUUGUUGUGUUUUUAAAGGGAUACAUUAACUCUCAACUUUUUGUUGCGGUUCAUUAUAUUUUCUUUUUUGAUUUUGUGCUGUUAAUGGAUAAUUUAUAAGAAUUUGCAAUGAGGAUAAAGCGCUUAUCGUUUGCUACGACAGUGCUGCUGUCAAUUUUUUAUGUAGCAUAUGCAAAUAUCCACCCACAGUUUAUAAAUGAACCUACUUCUCGACUUGUGAAAGUGAGUGAAGGAAGAGCUGUGUUCAGGUGCGAAGCAUCUCCUCCAGGAACAGAAAUCCGAUGGCUGCAAAAUGGACAUCCGGUCAGUCAAAACAAAUGGAUAAAAGUCUCUGGUAAAAAGCUUACAAUUCUCUUGGGGAAGAUGGAGAAUAUUUCCAGAGAAACAAGUCAUUUUGAUUUGCAUAAUGAUCUGUACUUUCAAUGUGAAAUUCGAUAUAAAGGAAAGGUUCUAGUCAGUGCCCCUGCUAAAUUGAUUUUAGCAACCUUAAGACCAUUUCCACUAUCUCCUCUUGAUAUCCAUAUUUCUGCCAUCACUGGCAAUACAGCUGUGAUUCCAUGUGAUCCACCUGAUAGCAUCCCUACUGUUAUCACUGAAUUUCUAUUCAAUUCAUCAGUGAUUGCCAGAUCAACAGAUCGAAAACAUAUAAUGUUAUCUGGAGAUUUACAGAUUUUUAAUGUGACUCAUGAAGAUGCUGGUGAAUAUGUUUGUGUAGCUUAUAAUCCUUUCUUAGCUGAAAAAGUUACCUCAGAAAAGAAAAUAUUUUUGCAUGUUAAAGACCCUCGUGAACCUAAGCCUGUUGUAAUCAUCAAAUCUCCUCGUAAUAAAGUCUCAGUUUCUUUGGGCAGAAACAUUACUUUAGAAUGUGCUGCUGUUGGCCAUCCUACUCCUACUAUUACUUGGAAGAAACUUCAUGGAAAUCUUCCCCAAGAUCGUUUUCAGCAGUUUGGUGGAAAUCUUCAUUUAAUUGGUGUGAUGCAAGGGGAUGAGGGCACUUACCAUUGUGAAGCAGAAAAUUCCGGUGGGAAAGAAGUGAGGAGUUUGGAUUUAGAAAUACAAGAAACCCCUAAGAUAUUGAAACCAUUAAAGCAUGUUAAUCUUGAAGCUGGAAAUAACUUAACAUUGAAUUGCCCUGUCCGUGGAAAUCCGAAGCCAAUUUUGAAAUGGCUGCAUAAUGGAAAAGAAAUUAUUAGUGAUGCAAAAAAAUCCCAUUUGAUUGUACCCAAUAUUGGAGUCAAGCAUGCUGGCGUGUAUCAGUGUUUUGCAACUAAUGCACUGGGAACAGCUUAUGAUUCAGCAGUUGUGACAGUGACCUCUGGAAAUAGUUCUGAUGAUGAAAAUGAUUAUGAAGAUUAUGACUCGACUCUUGCUCCAAAUCAUGAUGAAGUAUUUACAUCACAUGAUCAAGAUGUAGAAGAGAGUGAUAUGCUCGAAAAUGGUAAGGAGAAAUCUACAUCUAUUCCCAAGCUUCAUGGCAAAAAACGCUCUAAGAAGAAGAAACAUUCAAAAGGAGUAAAAUUGAUUCCUCCAUCUAAACCUGAAAUCAGUCGUUUGUCAAAUACAUCGGUGAUGGUGAGAUGGAGUGUUGGACAUGGAGGUCUUCCUAUCAAUUUUUUUAAAGUUCAAUACAAAGAAGUUGGUAAGCGUAAGACUGAUUGGAUGACAAUUGAUGAAGAUAUAGCUGCACAUAUUCAUUCUUAUGCUGUUAUUAACUUAAGAACAGGUGGAGCAUAUCGCUUUCGAAUAGCAGCUGUGUAUUCUAAUCAUGACAAUAAAGCUGGUCCUAUUUCAGUCAAGUUUGUCCUUCAUAAAGAUCCACCUAUUGAAAAGCCAUCCAUUGGACCAAUCAUUACAUUUGCAGAAGCAGUUAGCCCUUCUGCCAUUGCCCUACAUUGGGAUUACAAGGAGAUAGAUUCAAUCACUGUAGAGGGAUUUUUCAUUCAUUAUCGAGCAACUCAUACUGCUGGCAAAUAUUUGAAGGUUACUGUACUGGGAGCUAAUACAAGAUCUCAUAUAAUUUCCCAUCUUUUACCUGAUACUGGAUACGACAUCAAAAUGCAGUGUUUCAAUAUUGCGGGAACUUCUGAAUUCUCUAACAUUUAUACCACCAAAACGAAAGCUUCUGAAAGCUUAAUCGGAACUCGGAAUCGCAACAGCAAAUCACAUCAUGAUGAUGACAUUAAUAUGUCAAUAACAGAACCAGUGUCAUCUAAAAAUUCUAUUGAAGAUACUACAUUGUUUAUAAUUCUAGGAUGUGUUCUUGGAAUUUUAUUAUUGAUAGUUAUAGGCAUUGCAUUUGUAUUCAUUCGUCAGAGACAUAGUAGAAAUGAAGAACAUGAUGAAAGCCCUGAAUGUGAAAAUCAAUUAAAAAUGGGAAAUGGACAUGUUUCUGCAAAUGGUUACAUACCUGUUAACAAUAAAAUCACUAUUAAUGUGAAUCCUCUUUCUCACUUGAACUUAGACAGUGCUGAAAAGUUGGAGGAAUUGCAAGAUAUUGUUUCCAACAAUAAUGAAAUAAUUCGUCUUCAAACUUUUAGUGCCAAUCAGUCUCCUCAGGAGGAGCCAUUACUAACUGAUACCGAAAGGGAAUCUACUUUGAAUGAAAAUAACAAAGCUAUUGCUGUGAUAUCUCCUUGCAAUCCUGAAUCCUCUGCUAAUAUGCCAACAGAACUAUGAUUAUUUUGAAUCUAGCCACUUUAAAUACAAAACUGAUCUACUAGUAGUGAACAAGAAUUGAAAUGUUGCAUUUGUUUAUAGAUAGUGACUUGCCUUGAUGAACAAUUCAUAUGUACAUAAAAAAAGUGAUAUGUGUUUGUUAGGAGCUUUGUGUCAAUUACCAUAUAAAAGUUGGCAGCUCAAAUGUUUGUAUGUAUGUCAUUGUAUAUAUGUUUUUGUAUGAAUAUUUUAUACUCAUUCAUCUAUAUGUAAAUAGAACUUACAUGUAUUUUUUUUUUCAUUCACUGUUGUUUUAGAUUAGCAAAAAUUUUUUUCGUCAAUUAUAUCUAUUUUUUGGUAUUAUACCAAAUUAAAAUAUUUUGUUGUACAUUUUAAAGGUUAUGGUUUUGACUUCAAGUGAAAUUUAAAGUUGUGAGGAAAAUAAUCAUAAAAUUGAUUUUUCUAGACUCAAGUUUGUUUUGAGAUAAAUCAUUCUCUUAAACAUUUUUCGGAAUGUUAUUUUCUGAUGUUGCAAUUUCUCUAUGAAAUCGACAUAGACUUCCCAAAAAAAAUUUCUAAGCAUAAUGUUUAGAAUUUUAAUAUGUAUUUGAAUCAGUUUAAUUUUUAAAUUUCGUUAUUAUUAAUUUUUUUUUCAAGAAAAUCUAAAUGAAUGUAAGUGUAAUGAACAUAUAUUAAUUUUGAUAUUUUUUUAAUGUAGCCUUUUAUAAAACAUAUUAGCUACUAUAUAAUAUUUUUUAUGGUCAUCAUUAUAAGACAUGGCAGGUAAAGUGAAACCCGUCCAUUUGAAAACAAAGUGAGAUAUAAUAUAAUUAUGUGCUUUUGCUAGUAAAUUUGUUUUCUAUUUUAUUACUAGCAAUCUGAACUGGAACUCUGAGAACUCUAAUCCUAUCAAGAAUUUUAUUAUAUUCCAUUUUCUGUUUUCUUAACUAUUUUUCAGAUGUUUAGCUUUUACUCUUUUGAUUUCAUUUAUUCUAGCAUUGUGCCAAAUAUUACUCAUCAGCUUAGCAGCCAUAUUCAACUUCAUUAAAAAAUACAACUGGCAUCUAAUCAACAUUAAUUUUUUCACUAUUUCAAAAUAUCUUAAUUGAAAAAAGCAAGAGAAAGCAAAUUAUUGUUGUUGUUAUUUUAAGUUAGUAUGAUAUAUAUAUAU